AUGUUUGGUCUUGAUCUCUCUCAUCUUUCUCCCCCAUUAGAAGAUGCGGUGGAAGCUUUUGUUAUUAUUUUGGCAGCGCUCAUUCUUUUUCUUUUGGUUUUCGAUUUUGUGGCUGCUACUAGGCACAGUCAGAAGUCGUGCCUAGAAGAUGAGAAAUGCUGCCCAACAGUAAUAGCAGGACAAGGGGCGUUAGAGGAGUUACAGGACAGCAUGUCAGAAACAGAGCGAGGUGAAAGAUUAGAAGCUUUAAGAAGGAAAGGUGCACCUAAGAAAAGAGGCCCUUCCAAGGACCUUGGAUCCGAGGAAGCAAGAGAUAGGGGAAAGGACGCCCUGGGAGAGAAACAGGGGAAGGAGAAGAAAACCCCGAAAAAAAGCCUUUAACCGGUAGAGGAGUUAGAGGCUUUGGGGCUUGAUAGUUCAGAAACAGACAAGCUUAGCCCCUCUGAGGAAGAGGAUUUAGAAGAUGAGGCAGCUCGCUAUGAAGAAGAAAGAUACCACCCAGAUGAACGACGAGCUAACAGAAACCCCAGCGCCUCUCCACCUUAUAUGGAAAGAUUUCACUCAGAUUCCUUCCUCACUAAAGAUGAACAAAAAAAGAUACGGCAGGUAUUUCCGGUGUUUGAGGCUGUUGAUGGAGGCCAUGUUCAUGCACCAGUAGAAUAUAUCCAAAUUAAAGAACUUGCCGAGUCGGUCCGUAACCACGGAGUUAGCGCCAAUUUCACUAUUUCUCAAGUCGAGAGGCUUGCCACUCUGGUCAUGACUCCAGGAGACUGGCAGACAACAGUGAAGGCUGCACUCCCUAAUAUGGGGCAAUAUAUGGAAUGGAAAGCCUUGUGGUAUGACGCCUCUCAAGCACAGGCCAAAGUCAAUGCCACUGCUGAAGGCGAUCAAAGAAAUUGGACACUCAAUCUGCUAACAGGACAAGGGCAGUAUGCCAAUAAUCAAACAAAUUACAAUUGGGAAGCAUACGCUCAAAUCUCCGCUGCCGCCAUUAAGGCGUGGAAGGCACUUUCCAGGAAGGGAGAGUCUGGGGGACACCUAACAAAAAUUAUACAAGGCCCCCAGGAGCCAUUCUCAGACUUCGUGGCUAGGAUGACAGAGGCAGCAGGCAGGAUCUUUGGAGACCCUGAACAAGCAAUGCCUUUAGUGGAACAGUUGGUCUAUGAGCAAGCCACACAGGAAUGCAGAGCAGGUAUUACACCUAGAAAGAGCAAAGGGUUACAGGACUGGCUGAGAGUUGGCCGGGAACUUGGAGGCCUGCUUACUAAUGCCGCCCUCGCGGCUGCUAUCCUACAGGGCCAAAAGCGCUCAGGUAUAGGUGAUCGCAAGGUCUGCUAUAACUGUGGCAAACCAGGACAUUUAAAAAGGGAUUGCCAGGCCCUCACAAAAAGGAGAGCACCAGGACUGUGUACUAAGUGUGGGAAAGGCUAUCAUUGGGCCAGUGAAGGUCGCUCAGUUAGAGAUAUCAAAGGCAGGCUAAUAUAGCCCGGACCUCCCCAGGCAGAAGAAGCUGAAAAAGCUCCAAAAAAACGGGUAUCCGGGCCCCAAUCUCAGGGCCCCAAAACAUAUGGGACCCCAGCUCAAACAAGUGGACACCACGUCCACAGAACUACAGAAGGCUCAGCAGGAGGGACCUCCGCUCCACCACCCAAUUCAUGUUAA